UAAUUUUCAGCCACGCGAAUUAAAUUAAAGUGAACGGUCAAUGAAGUUUGGUAAGCUUUUCGCAGUAGUGGCGCUGUUUGUCAAAGGCGUAGUGUGUUGCCCUUACGGGCAGUUCGCCAGUAAAUUUUUGAGUUCAGGCUGCAGUCCUUGCCCAAGUACAAACAUAAAAGACUGUGGCAGUCAUGGAGAAGAUGCUCAAAGUUGUCGGAGUUCAUGUGAUAAAAUGUUCACAACAGCAAUUGCAUCACUCGACACAAAAAUAUCAUCACCAUUGCCAACCAAAAUAAAUGGGUUCACGACGUUGACAAUAAAGUAUCCAACGACGGAGCUUCCAGAUGUCUGGAAAACAUUUCAUACGCAACUGAUGAUAUACACGUCUAGUAAAAAGCGCAGGAGUCGCUCAACUGAUAUGCGAAAGAAUGACACCAGUGGCUCGGUGAACCUUGUAAUUGUUGCAGUUGUAUGCGUGGCUAGCGUGUGUGCGAUAUUCGUCAUUGGUGUUGCUGGGUUUCUUAUGUAUCGAAGGGGAAGGAACAGCACAGAAGUUGAUCAGCAAAGAAACAGAGAAGGUCAACCUGCAGAUACCAGCAAUGCUCUGAUGAGGAGCGACAGAGACGAGGACACAUGUGGAAACCCGGACAACAUAACUUCGUCAUCAUUCUAAAUGAAGGCAUAGUAGUUUGCAGUGUUUGCUAGAAUAUUUUGCAAUAUAGCUAAAAAUUUUACACUUUGAAGCUGCAACGAUGUAUCGCAUGCAUUUCUUUUCAUGCUUGAAAAUCAACUGCUGAUAAAAAAAACAGUAAAAGAGUGAUGUAGUGUGAUUUAUUGUACUUGAAAAAUAUGUGUAAAAUAUCGUGUUUAUUUUUCGUUGCUUGUCGUGUAUUCUAAACACUGUUAUAAUAGCCACCGCGUUGAGAAGAAGCAAAACUAUCUGUUAUUCUUUCA